CAUAAAAUCAGCAAUAAAUUUACUAUAUCCCAAUUGCUUCAUGGCAAUCCUGGACUUAAGACCCCUAUUUUCAUGUCCCUAUUCAUCAGGACUAUCAGAAGUUCCUUCGGGUAGCAGUAGAACUAGGGGGAGUUAUCAGACAUCUGCAAUUUCAGGCCCUUCCCUUUGGACUGUCAAUAGCGCCAAGGGUGUUCACAAAGAUAAUCUCUGAAAUGGCAGCUCAUAUCAGGGAAAAGGAUAUUCUUUUGAUCCCUUAUCUAGACGACCUUUUGAUAGUUGGAGAAUCUGGGGAGGCCUGCAGGAAAGCGGUACAGGAGGUGUUGCAGAUUCUGGAAGAAAUGGGAUGGAUCCUGAACAGAGAGAAAUUGAGACCAGAGCCAUCACAAGAUCAGCUUUUUCUAGGAUUGCGGUUGGAUUCAAGGAUACAGAAGUGUUUCCUGACGGAAGAGAAGAUCUGGAAAUUAAGAGAAAAGAUACAAGAUCUAGCCCAGUACCCAAGAGAAACCUUAAGAAAAGAUAAGGAGCCUCCAUCUGACGGCAUGGAAUUUGACAGGUUUCUGCUAGCCAAGAAGGGUUUCUCGUCCAACUUAGGGAGAAGAAAAGGUCAUGCAGCAUCGAAGAAUACCUUGGCCAGAUGGAUUACUUCAGCAAUAUCAUUGGCUUACUCUUCCUCAGGGAAGUCUCCUCCAGAAUGCCUUAGAGCUCACUCUACUAGGGCUAUGUCCACUUCUUCGGCUGAGAGGGCUGCUGUAUCUAUAGAGGAUAUCUGUAAGGCGGCUGUCUGGUCUUCUCCGACCACCUUCUUUAAACAUUACCAUCUACAGUUAGACUCUUCUUCGGCUCUAACCUUUGCUACUAAGGUGCUUUCGACUGUCAACCCACCCUAAUGGUUCCUUGGUUCUCACUCUCGUGGUGCUGUCGUGAGUGAGGGGAAAAAUGAAGAUUACUCUUAGCAGUAAUUGGAUUUUCCUGAACCCACAACAGCACCCUUAUUUCCCUUCCCUAUUUUUUGGUGAUUGGUGUACGUGUGUGUGUGUAGCAAAAAAAAAAAAAAAAACAUUUUUGAGGACAUGAGUUGGCUGUAAUAAUUACGGGCGGA